AUGAACCGCGUGGAAGUGAAUGAACGCAGUUCAGACACGGAAAGGCGGAUUCAUGCGGUUCCGCCGACCCCCAUGUACCAAGGCGAGACCAAGCUUCUGGACUCGCUUUGGAAAGAAGCGCAUCUGAGUACUGAGGCAUUCCCACCUGACAUCAAAGCUCAUCGUGCGUUUUUUUUACUUUUUUCUAAACUGCGAAGUUGGAUCGUAAGCUAUAAAAAAAAUUGAGUGCUUACUUUUCUCAAUUUUCCUUAAAGACAAAUGGCUGUUUGAAAAGGACAGAGUCUAAAAAGUUUUGAUUAAGAUUCAAAUAAAAAAACGAGAUUUUUGAGAAACAGCAAAAAAUCAAGUUCUGUCGUCUAAAAAGAAGCCUUUUUGAAAGAAGAAAAAUGUUCAGCUAUGGUACCCAACCCACCAACGGCACCAACCCUUCAACAGCCCACUCUUGUUGCAAAUCUGUCGGCUCCAAACCUCCCGCAGCCGAGUCAAUCCAACGAAGAUGACGAGCGGAAGUUGCAGCAAAUGCUGGAAAAAUACCAACAUGAAGUGAAACAACAGCAACAAAAACGAGCAACGACCAAAGUAAAAUCUGAUAGGCCGGAACGAAGUGAGCUUUUUCAUAGUUUUCAUGGAAUAGAGAGAAAUUUGAAACUGUAAACAUUUGGAAAUUUUUGUAAACAGAAUAGCGAAGUUUCACGAGGCAGGACGCAGAACGUUACGAUACGAUUUAGAAAACGAAAUGAAAAAGACUAGUAUAGCAGAUCUGUUACACAUCUGCGCUUUUUUUCUAGUUCUAUACGAUCUUGUCAAAGAAAUGAGAAGAAACGACUUGAUUUAAAAAAGGAUCUGUAUCUCAAAGUCUACAAACCAUUGGAAAAAUUAUUUUUCUUUUUUUUUUUGAAAUAAAUUGAAACGUUAGUUGAUAAAGUCUGGAUUACUAACAUCGCACUGUAUUUGCAGCCAAGUCUAGAAAGAAACCUCAUUUUUCUGAGAACCUCGCAAACUUAUUUGAAGUAUUUUCUGAUUUAUUUUGUUGUUCAGCAGCUCCUAUAAGCCAUUCUCAGCCAUGUUUGAUUGCGAUUGGAACGAGAGGAUCAGAGUAAGAGUCUUUCUUACGCGAAGCUCCAACAAUUCCGAAUUUAAGCCAACGACCUCAUGGAGAACGGGCGAUGAGCUCAUCAACGUACCAAAGACGAGCUUCGGCUUCUGGGGAACAGCCCCCGGAACCGCCCACCUUUGGACAAACAAAUCAAAGAGUAUACUCCUAUAAUAACAUUAUUAAAGAAGAAAAGUUUCUAGAUGCCAAACAACCAGAAGUUAGUCCAGUCAUUGCGAGAAGAAAACAUGCACUUAAAGAAGGAAAUGGAGGGUGUGAAGCGCUAUCUUUUCAAGCUGCAGCAGGUGAACAUCAGUUCUGAAAUGACGCCGUGGCUUUUUUAGAUUGAAUUUUCUUAUGCGCAAAUUGAAAAAGAGUACGAAGUUUUGCUCCGAGAAAAGGAGAAGCAAGAAAACUUAGAAGUGACAGCAAUAAUGCAAUUGGAAAAACAUGUGAAAAGGUACGUUUGCAAAGAUAAUUGUUCAUUUCAAAUUUAUAAUUUUCAGGCUGACCGCAGAAAAAGAAGACCUUCAGAUUCGACUUGACAAAACGAUGGCUGAGCCCUCAAUGGUAGCAAAUAUAAUGAUAGCUGAGAUGCAGCAAAGUAACACACAAACCAUCACUGUGAUUGGCAGAGAAGGAUUGCAGAACAAGAGUUGUUAGCUUGCAAAGAACGGCAGAAGUUAGAAAUCGAUGCCCAAAACCAGACACUAGAAGAGCAGAGGAACCAUAUCGCAAUGCUUGAAAAAGCACUCGCCAACUCGCAAGAGAGACUCGCCAAAAAAGACAAGGUGCGUCCACUUGAGACAGAAAAAGCUUCACUAUUCACGGAUUUUUGAACUCGUCUUGAAUCUUCGAUUUAUUCAAAAUAUAAAUGGAUUCAGCAAAAAAAAAAUAAAACGUUUGUUUCGAUAUCCGACAAUUUUGUGUCGUGAUGAGCUGAAUCUUGAACUUAUGUAGUUGUUGGAAAACAUUAAACUGCUCUUUCUUUUGCGAUUAGCCAUGCAAAUCGGAUGACGAUGAGCUUUCAGAAAUGCGAAGAUCUCUGCUCUGUAGUGGAUCGAGCGGAAGAUCUGAGGAGACAGCUCGAGGAUGUGCUCGCCGAGCAGCUAAAACGAGAUGAGGCUCAUUCAGCUGAACGGGCUCAAUGGGAAAUGGAAAAAACUCAGUUGAGGAUGCAGCUCAACCGUGAUCCGUCAUUAACGGGAAGCUUGAAAGUCAGUAUAAUGUCAACUUUUUCGAGAGAGGAUUUUUGAAGGCUCUCAACCAACAUAAUUUCAGAGGACAUCCGGUCAAUCGAAUAAUGAAGAGGCGCUCCUUCGGAUGAGAAAAUCAUUACAUGUGAAAGACGAACGAAUCACCCAGUUAGAGAAAACAAUAGUCGAUCUUCAGAAGUGAGAUUCUCACUAAACUUCAAAUACUUACAUAUAGUUUAAGAACGCUUUUGGAAGAAACCGAAAGAAGAAAAUGCACGUUGAACGCUAUAACAGAAAGUUUUGAAGUUCGGAUAAAACGGCUUGAGGAAGAAAAAGUAGAAAAGGUAGAACUUCAUCCAAAAAUUAAUGUCCUUUUUUUUCAAGGACAAAAAAAUCAGCGAGUUGAAACUGGACAAAGACAAACUGACAGCAAUAUUGGAAAGAAGUAAGUUUAAUGGUGAUUUUUUUCUUUUUACUAUAUAUAAAAAGGUGAACUCGAAAUUUCUAUCGUUUCUAUUCAAUGGGAUUUCAAAACGUAGUUACAGAUCAUGAAGACGAUGCCGCCAUGAGAGACUUGCACAAAAUGGAAGAUAUAAGGCAAAGAAUUCAAGAAAGGAGGAAGAAAGGUCGCUUAGGAGUCACUGGAGGGUAAGAAGUAUGAAAGUAUGCUUUGAUGAUCUAACUCCUAGGCUAAUGGGUAGUUCUUCAGACCAUGCCAGGUCACCUUCAGCUUCGAUUCUUCAAUCAAGUCAUCUCAGGUGUUUAUUUCGAAGUUCUCCUGUUAGGCAUGAACUGGCCAGAAUAUAAAAAUGAAGUAGAAAAUGGCCUCAAAGCAAUGAAACCAUUCCAUAGAAUAAAAACCAAUAUUUCCUUCCGUUGCAAAAUCAGACACUUCAGCCGCAAAAAUAAUGACCAUUCUCAUUUUAAAAGUAAAAUGAUUUAUUGCAGAUCUUCUUCGGGACCGUUCGACCCGAUAAUGCCCAGUUCUGGACAAAGUAUUGGAUACUCACAUUCUUUUUACAAGCCUUCCUAG